AUGACCUCCUCGAACCCCCCCUUCACGACAGCCCUGCUCGCGGGCGGCAUCGCAGGCACCACCGUCGACCUCUCCCUCUUCCCCCUCGACACACUCAAGACCCGCCUCCAGUCCUCGGCCGGCUUCUUUCCCUCGGGCGGCUUCACCGGCAUCUACCGCGGCAUCGGCUCCGCCGUCAUCGGCUCCGCCCCGAGCGCCGCCUUCUUCUUCUGCACCUACGAGGGCUCCAAGUCUCUCAUCUCCUCCCGCCUCGCCUCCCUCUCCUCCUCCUCGUCGGUCCUCGACGAUCGCAAGGCCGGCUGGGUCGACCCCGUCUCCCACAUGCUCGCCGCCUCCCUCGGCGAGAUCGCCGCCUGCGCCGUCCGCGUCCCCACAGAGGUUGUCAAGCAGCGCGCCCAGGCCGGCCAGCACGGCGGCUCCUCCCUCCUCGCCUUCCGCUCCAUCCUCGCCCAAUACAACACCCCCGCCGGCCUCGCCGGCGUCUGGCGCGAGCUCUACCGCGGCUGGUCCAUCACCGUCCUCCGCGAGGUACCCUUCACCAUCAUCCAGUUCCCCCUCUGGGAGCGCCUCAAGCGCUGGGGACGCGAGCGCAAGCAGAACAAGAACUGGAAGCUCGGCCCCGCCGCCCGCCAGACCGAGUACGAGGUCAGCGCCGUCGAGAGUGCCCUGUACGGCAGCGUCGCCGGCGCUGCCGCCGCCGGCAUCACGACGCCCCUCGACGUGCUCAAGACGAGGGUCAUGCUGAGCCAGCAAAAGGAAAGGGUUGGCGACGUGCUCAAGACGAUAUACAAGGAACAUGGCAUCCGCCCCUUCUUCGCUGGUAUCGGCCCGAGAGUCAUGUGGAUCAGCAUCGGCGGUGCCAUCUUCCUCGGCAGUUACCAGUUUGCCGCAAACACCCUGACCGGUGCCGUACUAUCAUGA